CAGGUAGGACUUACGAGUACAAGCUAGAAACCCUAGCUCGUCUCUAAAAAAAAAAGGGUAGAAACCCUAGCCAAUCCAGAUCAGAAAGCUUGGGGGCUGGAGCGAAGGGGAGAAGACGAUGACGACGAGGGAGCCGCACGAGGCGUCUCGGCGCGAGGGGCGCGACUCGCACGGGAGGCGCGACCACUCCUCGUCGAGGUCUCGGCGGGACGAUCCCAGCCCAAGGAGAAGGAGAGAUGACAGGAGGCAUGAAUCGGAAAGGGGUCACUACAGAAGUCGACAUCAAGAAAGCGUUAAGGCAGCGGACCGUGAUCAGAAGAGAAACAAAGAUGCUGCACAGCACGAUGAUCCUCUGAAUGCUGAGGCGAAAUCGCUGAGUGAUGCAAAGAAUGACCCGUCCGCGAGGCAUGAUAGGUCUCCAAGGGGAACCAAACGCUCUUCCGAGUCUAGAGAGACUUGGCGGCCUCGAUCUUUCUUUCAGCACGAUGAGCGUGGAAGUGCUGGGCAAGGUGGUCGACGCUAUGACCGUCAGGCUAGUAACUAUGGAGGACAGAGGGAUCAAAAGGAACGCCUUGUUGAUAGAGAUGAACAGAAGGCUGAUAAACACAGUUUGCAGGGAAUGGUUGAGCCGGCCCAGCAACAGAACGAUGGUGAUUCUACAUGGAAGCAUGAUCGAUUUCUCCAGUUGGAUGAAGAAGCACCCAUUGCCAAAAGGAGGCCGCCAUUUCAGGUGAUGAUGUCACGAGAGCAAGAGUCAGCUGAUGCUCCCUCUGUUACAGCACCGGAUUCUAGAACACGAAAUCCUGAUCAACCUGGGCCCACUUCUGCAAUGAGAGAAGAAAGGAGAAAUUAUCACAUGCAGGGAUUUCGAAAUCAUAGACCAUUCGUAAGGCCAGAUGAUCGAAGUUUCAGAAGGGGAUUUCCUGACCACAGGAGUGAUGGCCAGAGACAUGGAUAUGAUUCAAGGGGAAGAUUUGCUGGCAGGGGAGGAAUGGACAGAGACAGGUUUAACAACCCGUAUGGUGGGAGAAGCAACCUGUAUCAGGCAACUGGUGAUGAAGAAGAAAAAUGGAAGCAUGACCUUUAUGAUCAGACAAACAGGAGUCCGCCUCCAAAGACCGAGGAAGAGCAGAUUGCAAAAGUUGAAGCAUUGUUGGAGCUGUAGUAUUUAUCUUUUGUAUCUGUCUGGAGUUAUUUGUGAUGGCUAGAUUAUCAUUUACUUGGUUUCCUUGGUGUUGGAUGCUUUUUGUUUGCUUUGAUUUCGCAUGUCUAUGUGGAUUUUGGCAUCUUAUCAAGCCAUUUCAUUUGCAUGGAA